AUGCAACCAAUUACCCUCCUCAUUGCUGCCCUCCCCUCCCUCGCGGCGGCAGCGGGAAGUCUCGGCUUCGCCCUCGGUGCAAAGAACGCGGACGGAACGUGCAAGACUUCUACGGACUACGCUGCCGACUUCAAGGUCAUCGGUGCACAUUCGAAGCUCGUACGCACUUAUGCCGCAGACCAGUGCGAUACCGCGAAAGAGAUCUUGCCCGCUGCGAAGGCUGCAGGCUUCAAGGUGAUCUUGGGAAUUUGGCCAGAUACCGAUGACUCCUACAAAGUGGACAAGGCAGCGGUCGUGAAAUAUGCACCACAGUACAAAGACCAGGUGUACGCCAUCACGGUCGGGUCCGAGACGAUGUAUCGAGGAAACUUCACGGGUGACACGCUGUUGAAGAAGAUCAACGAUGUCAAGAGCGCUGUCGGUGGCGCCUUCAAGGUGGGAACCGCAGACAGCUGGAACAAAUACCAGGAUGGAACUGCGGAUCCUCUGAUCAAGGGCGGUGCUGAUAUCCUGUUGUGCAACGGUUUCUCUUACUGGCAAGGCCAAACCCUGGCCAACUCCACAGCCAGCUUCUUCGAUGAUAUGAUGCAAGCAUUCGGCCACAUCCAGAACGUUGCAGGCUCCUUGACUGACGGCCCUGAGCUCUGGGUUGGCGAAACUGGCUGGCCAACCGGAGGAUCCAAGUACCAAAAUGCUGUCCCAGGCGUUUCUAGCGCACAAACCUACUGGCAAACUGCCAUCUGCGGCAUCCUCGACUGGGGCGUAAAUGUCUUCUCCUUCGAGGCCUUUGAUGAGCCAUGGAAGCCUGUCAGCACUGGUCAAGAUGGAAGCGUCGCGGACGAGACCCACUGGGGAGUGUGGAACGCUGACCGCACUCCUAAGUUCCCAAUUACUUGCUAG